AUGAGCGACUGGGUGCUCGACAUCAAGGCUGAACUCAACAACCGCCGCAAUGCUCAAAGCCAAGAAGAGCAGCGCAGGAAGAAGCGGUCCAUCUACAAGCUCCCUCCCCUCAUCCUCCCUCCCUCCAUCUCCGACGACAAAAAGAAACCCUACCAGCCCCAAGCCGUGUCGUUCGGGCCGUACCAUCAUGGGGAGCUUCACCUGAAGCCUGUUGAGGAUCACAAGCACCGCGUUUUCCUCAAUUUCCUCGAUAGACCGGGGGUGUGUCUGCGCACAAUCUUCAAUUCCAUGCUUGAAGUGGCGCAAGACCUCCAGGAUUCUUACUACCCGCUCGACCCCAAGUGGGAAAACGGUAUUGAAGAAUUUGUGAAGCUAAUGAUUGUGGAUGGAUGUUUCAUGCUGGAAAUAAUGCGGGUGAUGACAAAUCAGCCUGGACAUAAUUAUUCCGAUGACGAUCCCAUAUUCAGCCAUCACGGAAAGGUUUGUGUCAUGCCAUUAUUCAAGCGGGACAUGUUAUUGUUGGAAAAUCAGUUACCCAUGCUAGUGCUAUUCAAGCUCAUGGAAGAGAAUGACAUGGGAGGCAUGGAAACUUUGAAGAAGCUGAUACUCAACUUUUUUAACCGCGAAAAUCAUGGCUUAGACAUGGGUAAUUGCCUCCACAUCCUCGACCUCUACGGCAAGACCUUUCUCUACUAUGAGCCUCAAAAGGACAGCAGGGAAUCCAAGGACAUUCUCACCUCCCGCUCAGCAACGGAGUUGAAGGCGGCUGGCAUCCGUUUCGAGAAGAGCAAAAGCGAAAGCCUCAACGACAUAUCUUUCAAGCAUGGCGUCCUGAGUCUCCCCAAAUUCAUUGUCGAUGACAUCACCGAAUCGACCUUCCUGAACCUCAUUGCAUUCGAGCGGUGCCACGUUGGAGCCGGCCACGACGUUAUUUCAUUCAUCUCCUUCAUGGACGUCAUUGUCAACCAGGAUCGCGACAUCAGCCUGCUAAGCUCCCACGGGAUCAUCCUCAACUUCGCCGGUACCGACGAGGCUGCGGCCGAUUUGUUCAAUGUGAUGUCAAAGGAUUUGAUGAUUGAUUCUUCCAGCCACCUUAACAUGGUGCUUUACGACAUCGAUUUCUACUGCAGUAAGCCAUGGCAUAAAUGGCGCGCCAUGCUGUUUCAUACUUAUUUCAGAAGCCCAUGGGCAAUUAUUUCUGUCGUCGCCGCCAUCAUCCUCUUCGUCCUUACUACAGUGUCGACUGUUUUCAUAGUCAUGGGCAAAUAA